AUGGCACCCCAUUUCAGUGCUUUUAUCGAAUAUGAGGGCAAGUAUCGUAUCUCAUCGCCCUUUACGAUGGAUGAUGUUCUGGAUAAGUACACGCUAAGACAGUGGGUGAACAAAAAACUCGCCAUUGACCCUAUUUGGAAUAUAGCCGUCUAUCGGUAUUCAAUCUCUAAACAACAGUAUGUGAUUCUUGAGGAGAAACGGGAUUUUGACUCCCUGAAAAGAUGCUUCCGUGUAAAGGCAGUUUUUGAUUUUUUGGUUAUCAAACUUGAGCCCGGUGCUAAACCGGAGCCGACAAUGUGCACUCCGAGGAGUAUUGCGAAGGCGGCUAAACGGCGUUCUGCUGAGGGUCAUAGCCGUGGACAUGGUCAUUCUCGUACUCAUGAUCAUGAUCAUCAUCAUCACAAGGAAAAAGGUAAAAGAAAGGUUCAAGCGGACUCUGUAUCAGGAGAUAGUACAGCAACAGCCACUGUUACGACAACUGUUAAGCCUGACGCUUCAACUAUUGGCAUUGAUGUUGCCACUAGUUCAGGUGUGGGGUCUUUGUUGUCUAACCGUUAUUCUACCCUUAAAGAAUAUGAAAAACCAGCAGUCUCAUGUCUGUCUGUGAAUAGUCUAUCAGGUUCAUCUAGCCUACGUGAUGCAGCCCUUCAAGGGAUGAUUUCAGAAGAAACAUUGCAACAGCUGGCGGAAUUGCUUGUCCAGAAUACUAGUUUCAAGGAAUUUGUGAGUGGUUGCAUACAAGAGCAACUCGGGACCACUAAGGAUAAUCAUGAAUCCUCGGGUGUUUCACAUCCCACUGGAUCAGCUCCUCCAAUUCCUCCAGUUCCUCCAGUUCCUCCAGUUCCUCCAAUUGUUUCACAGUUAGGACCUUCACUGCCAACUUUUGGUUCGGAUCUUUCAGAGGUUUCUCCACCAUAUCCACCUAGCAGUUGUGCGGUAUUUGAUUCGUCUUCUCGAGCGAUCCAAAUUGGUACCUCUCUUCCUCCACAUUGCACUUUACCUCUUGCACAAGAUUUGUCUACGGGCCUAUCGAGCGAUUGUUUAGCUGAUGGAACAGCUCUUGCGUCAGAGAACUCCAAGAAAAUUGAGAAUGAUAGUGACAAAGCAAUUCCCGUCAAGAAUGAAGUCCGACAUCGGGCCAUAUGCGACAAUUGCAAUACAUUUAUUGUUGGUAACCGCUACAAGUGCAUAAAUUGUCCGGAUUUUGACUUGUGUUCAAAGUGCAAUGAACAACGCUCCACAUCACAUCCUAGUCAUACAUUCCUCGAAAUUUCUGUUUCUUACAGCAAUAGAGCAGACUCGUGGUCUAAGAGUACCUCUAAGCCUACAGCUGGGCCGUCUUCUGAUACUCUGAUUUGCAUAGAAAUGUUAUCAGGUAAUGAGUACCAUAGUGCAGUUUGCGAUAUCUGCGAGAAUUCAAUUAGAGGUGAACGGUACAAAUGUAUGGAUUGCCCGGAUUUUGAUUUCUGCAAUAACUGUUUCCCCCAUCGGUCCGUUAAUCACCCAGCUCAUCGCUUUGUCAGAAUUCGGAAUCCUGAAGACUUUUUUGACCCUCAUAACUCCAAUUUGCGUUAUUAUUGUGAUGGACCGUAUUGCAAAUCAGAGAAGCUUAUUUCUGGAGAUCGAUACCAGUGCCAGAAUUGUCCAGACACUGAUUUAUGCAUUGAUUGCAUGUUUUCUAAGGAAUUGGAGCAUGACCAAUCCCAUUCUUUCGUCGCAUUUCAUGCGGAUGGUGGUCCUGGAAAAUUUGUCAUCAAGAGAGAAACUGGAGUUGAAAGUGAAGCGCAAGUUGUCAAUGAGCGGGUAGUACCGAAGGCAGAGCAAAAAGAUGCCUCUCUAAGUGAUCUUAAAAUUAAAACUGAGGAGAAGAGUACUCUUGAUGAAAGUGACUACAUUAAGACGGUGAAGUCAGACUCUAGAGCUAACUUGGUAAACGGACAUCCCGUUGAUGACGAGGAAAAUGAUAUAAGCGACGAAAGCGACAAAUUGGCAACUGCCUCGUCCAGUUUUCAUCUUGAAAAGGUAACUUCCAACUCGUCUUCAAACGUAAUCUUACCACGCCUGCCCAAAGAAUCUCCUUUCACGUCCAUGGAACUGCCUCAGCAAAUUGCAAGACCGGAAUCAGAAUCGACUUUUGAUUUUGAUGCUCCGCUUCCAGUACAUGAAAAGGCGGCGUGGACGUCUGAAUCUGAUGAUUUAUCGUACUUUAGUGAAGUUGGUGAGGAAGAAUAUGAUGAGAUUCACUUUUCAGAGUUUUCUGAUAGGGAAAGUCUUGCGGUUGACUAUGAGGACGACACAGCUGAAAAUGAUUCGGAUUCUAAUAUCAAAGACUAG